AUGGACUAUAGCAGUCUUGCUUCACCAUUUGAUCCAUCAGUGAAGUUAAGAGCCAAAGAGGGGAUUGCAUUACCUGAUCCUACUUACUACAGAAAACUGGUUGGGAAAUUAAACUUUCUCACCAACACAAGAAUAGACAUAGCCUACAGUGUACAACACUUCAGCCAAUUCAAGCAAGAUCCAAGAGAACUCCACCUAAAAGCAGCAUUUCACCUGCUUAUAUAUUUGAAGGGUGAUCCCUCAAUGGGAAUAUUCAUUUCACAUGAUCCAACAUUUAAGGUUAGAGCUUAUUGCGACUCUGAUAGGGCUGCUUGCCCAAAUUCAAGGAAAUUAGUGAGUGGGUACUUAGUUCUACUAGGGAAUAGCCCUAUGCUGGAAAUCUAA